UGGAUAUAUGUAGUACUAGCUCACCUCUAGCCUACAUGUAAACUUAACCUCAACUUUUUAUCUACCUAAUUGAAAACUGUACACAAUCCACUUACGAAUAAUAUUAUCUAUAAUUGUAUUUAGAAUUUACCCCUGUAGUGGGUAGACCUACUGAUUAGGCAUUUAACCUACAUGUACGUAUCAGAUCUUCCUGGAACAGUAUUUCAUUACUAUAACUGAACUGGAUAUUCAACACUUAUCUACAUGGAGUUAAUUAAAACAGGACGAGUCCUGUCAUGCUGCAACUACUAUUUCAAGAUGGGUUUUGGAGACCUACUACAACAAAAAUGUAGGAGCCCCGCCUUUGCAAGUGUGAGGAACUAUGCUGCCAGGAAAGGUUACAGAGAGGCCGCUAAAAAGAAGAAGGUGAAAACUGUUAUCCAAAAACAGGGUUGGAUUCCUCACAAUUUGAGGAAAAAAGAUGUUGAAGAAUUUUCUGGAGUAAAACGGUCAGAUGAACAUACUAAACGAGUAGCAAGUGACGAUGUUUGGGUGACAAGGUCCUAUGCAUGGAGGAUAUUUGAUUUCAAGGAAGCAGUGGAGUGUCAUAGGGAGACUCACCAUCCAACCAUAUAUAAUGUCCCAGAUGCCCAAAUAAACCUUUUCAUUGAGCUGAAUAUGACAACAGCCAAACCAACUAAGUUUGUAGAGAAGUUCCGUAAAAUGGCAAUCCUACCACACGUGUAUGAGCAAGAUGGUUUGCAAGAAAGAUCAAUCUUGGUGUUUUGUAAAACUCCAGAGCAGAAGGAAGCAGCAAGAGCUGCAGGCGCUAACCUUGUCGGAGGUACUGAAAUCAUCAAGGAUAUUGAGAAAGGAAAAGUCGUACUCCCAGAUUUCCGGUUUAUUCUUGCACAUCCUACUAUCCUACCUGAGAUGGUUACUAUUAGAGGUCUUCUGAAGAAGAAAUUUCCUAACGUCAAAUCAGGUACUUUGGGCCCAAAUGUCGAUGAACUGGUCUUAAAGUUCAAAAAUGGAGUUGAAUACUCCUGUGUAAGAGAUGAGAAGGAUCUUAGCUAUGGUUGGAUCAAUACUUCAGUUGGAAGGUUAAACAUGGACACAUUGAAGUUGGAAGAAAAUUUUCAAGCAUUAUUAAAAGACAUCAUUGAUGAAAAGCCAAAACGUCCUGGUCCAUUCAUCACAAGGGUUGUGAUGACCAGCCUUCCUUCGGUAGAGAAGUUCAAGAUAAACUUCGAGCCAUAUCUUCCUGUAGAUGAUAAUGCCGAUGGUGAAAGUUCUGACGAGGAUGAAGCUGUUCCAGUUAAAGCAUAGAUUGUACAGUAUAAUUAGUGUUUGAAGUAGACAAUUUACACCUACUUUCUAA